CCUCCAUUCAUCAUUGAUCCACUGCAGGACUGGGUUUCAGGGGCUGUGAAUUAUGGGCCCCUGCUGUCACUGUGACUGCUCUGCGUUUGGACGUUUCACCUCGGCACUGUAAAUUUUUAAGAGAGGGGAUUUUUUGCUGACUCCUCAUCUCAGAUCCGUUCAGCUUGAACCAUAGAGAGCAGACAGACAACUGGCCGGUCUCUCCCCCCUGACAGAAGACUUGGUCCGCAACUGCAGGAUUUGGGAUCUGGAACAAGGCUAUACGGGGGAAAGAAAGGGUGAUUUCGGACCGUGGGUUACCGUUUUCACAGAGCGCACCUUCUCUCUCCAUUGAGGAAAAGAAAGAAGAAAACGUUGUGAAAUUAACUGGGUGUUUGGUACGCGCUCGUUUAACGGUGAUGCUACGGCGGCGCGCAGGGACCAUAGAGGGAAGAGACAGGUGAGGUGCGGCUGAAGAGCUGCUGCUGCUGUUAUUUCACCAAGGCUUUUGCAACCGAGAGCCGUGCUUUCCACCAGCCCCCUUUUCACCACCGAGAGGGACAAGAGCGACCAGAGAGGGCGAGCUGGCGACUGGCACCUGCCUCCGCCUCCAUACCUGGCCAUCUGGUGCGGUGAGUGAGCCAAAUGGUGAGACUGGGAGAUACUGUAUGUGUUUAAGGAGACUAUAUGGGUGGAUGUGAUGAACAGGUAUAGCCUGUAUAGCGUGUGCGCUCUUUUUAAUCACUGCCACCAAAAGGGGUGCUGCAUUAUUUCCCCUCCGGGUGUGUUUGGCAUCGCCUGGACAUGUGUGGACAUGAAGUGCUCUUUGUCUCUGCUGCAAGUUUUAUGUUGUAUCUGCAUCAUCUUUGUUGCAUAUCAUUGUUCUCUCACGUGUUGCAUCGGAUCUUCUCAGUGCAAUGCCUUCAUGUAGGUUUGAAGUGAUGUCUCAGCAGAAAAAGGGGCUCAUUCUUCUUGUACAUUUCAGCACUGCGUUGCAAAGACGAGCACAAAGCCUGAUUGAAAUUCUUAUUUGGAUCACGACCCGGAUCGUAAAUCGAGAUGUAAAUAAGGCUUGUGUUUUCUGAUGGUGUAUUAUUACAUGUAAUUGUCCCCCUGUGUUAUUGCUUUAUUAAAUAUUUGCUUAAGGUCUGCUGUUAAAGGUCAUAUGCAAUGAUUUGGCAGCCCAUAAAGCCAAUUGAUUAUGUCAUUACUCAGUCACAGUAGGGAAACAGGAGUGGCACUGAGCACACUGUAUUUAAGAAAUUAAACAUAACCCACUUACUGGUGAUUAAGGGUGCCAAGUGUAACCCACUGCUGCUAUAACAUGAUUGCAAAAUAAAAACGGAAAACACCUUAGUGAAAUUGUAAAAUAUGUCUUUGUCCAAAUGUGUCUCACACACAUACAAUACCUUAUCACCUAAAUUGCACAUGACCACACUGCGCACAUCCACAACCUUCCUGUCCCAAGUUAAAUGCUCACUCACUGCCCUCUCAACUCUCACUAAAGUGAUUUAGUUGUUUUAUAUAAUUUAUUGUUUACAGUUUCAUCCCUCACACUAAAAGCUAUCCAGCUUCCACUGAAGGACUUUAACAGCCUCCAGCUGCUGCUGUUUGUGUUUGUGACUCCGUGUGUGAGGGUAAAGGCAAAAAGACAUAUUUGAAGAUGUAAAAAGAGCAAGAGGACACAGUGGAGAGGAAAAGUUAGACAGACUGGGGGAUACACAAAGGAUUAAGUGUGGCAGAUAGCAAUCUGGCAUGCAGGCAACACCAAGGAUGUAAACGACAGAGAAAGAAAAUGAUGGAGCAGGGAUCCCUGAGUGAACGAGCGCUGAGGGGAGAAGGGCUGCAGACAGCAGUCUGUACGGGGUGUGAAUGGUCUCCCUGUUAGUCCCGCUGCCCACACAGACAGCCACACAGCAGCCAUGCGAGCAGGUGCUAACCCCACCACACAGCCACCACAGGGAACAACAGGUGCAGCCACUGUUUCCCUCAGCCUCCACCACCCGCCCAUCCCGAGCUCGGGGCAAUCCUCCUAGAAAUACUCCCAGACUGCACUGAAGGGAACCAAAUGGAUACUUCAAUCCACAUUUAGGAAAAUAGCACACAAAGGCCAGGCUUGAGUAAUUCAAUUAGGAAAUUAAUUACACCGCAAACAAAGUUGGAAGCACUUGAAGCAAUGAGGCCAAGCAGGCUGCAGGUAAAAAGCAAUCUAAGAGAGCCUCAGGGUGAGACAACUGCCCACAGGGACAUUUAAUGAGCUCUAUUGAUCACACAGGACCCUAUUCAAUCACACAUGCUAAGCUGCAAACACGCCAUCUCAAGCACGGAGAAAAAAAAGGGGAUUGGAUUGCAGCAUAAUAUAGCAUGCUCUCAAAGGGAGUAAAUCAACGGCAGCUUAGUGUACUGGGGUUGCUAAGGAGCAUGUAUCUAGAAAUGUGUGAGAUUACUGUCUGAGAUCUCUUCUGUGCGUGUGUGUGUGUGUGUGUCUUUGUGUGUGUUAAAUAGUGUGAGAUGAAUCAGACAGAGAUGUUGGAAGCAGAGAGUUGUUACCUAACAGCUUCUUUUUAGCCAAGAGAAUACGUCAAGCAAUCAGGGACACAUUUCUUGUCUUUACCUCUGCUGCUCAGAGUGGAACACUGAAUUCUGGGUUCUGAGCUGACACUAAAUCUGAUGUUUUCUUUUUCUGCAUCAUACCAGACAAUGGGAUUGAUUUGUUUCUUUUUUUUCCCCCAAACCAAAGCCAUGAAGGAUAGUGUCUUAAAGCUACCAAAAAUGAUGUUUUUCUCUCAAAUUUGAAUCCUCACCCACUUUAGCUGUCCUUGUUUUCUCACAGUCUGGAGAAACCUCCCACUCACUGCCGUGCUUCUGUAAGAAGGAAUUCCAAAGUAUGCUCAAACAGUGUUUAGAUAAACUUAAAGUAACUUUCACAACUAGCUCUAUCAACUCCCAUCAGCCCCAGAGUAACCACCUCGCUCUGCUCCAGAAAGUAGACAGGAUUAGACGCUAAUCUGAUCAGAAAAUAAAGCAACGUUAUGAGUAGCGCCAAGAGAUUUGAAGGAAUGCUUAUUUUCCUAAAAAGCCGUAAGUUAAAGGCGUCCCAGGCUCACACAGAGUGCAGUGUUGGUUCUUUUUGUACAAUAUCAGCCUUUGAAAAGGGUGUUGAGGUCUGCACACCUUGGGGCAGGGAGAUCAAAAAGAACCUCACCGGCUGGCAUCUGCCGGGUGACCUGCUCCAGCAGGGUCCUACUAAGAGUGAGCACCUCAGGGAGUCAUUGUGCAGGAUUAAAUAAGGCAGAGGGUCAAGAGUCACACAGGCAGGUACGGCGUAUUUAAAAAAAAAAAAACUCCCUCAUGCAAAACAUUUUUCUUCUCAGCGUGGAUGUGAGAGGCUUUCAGGAGCCUAACCUGGCUUUUGGGACAAGUCCUUCCAGAUGUUGAAAGGAGGAAAGUCGCACCACACACGCUGUGGAGAAUCACCUAUGACAAAUUCUGCUGUUAAUCGUCUAUGGUGCCAUAAACUAAAGAUAAAAAGUAAGUCUCAUGUUGAUGAAUGAUGUGCGUUCGGUUUGCUGUAUCAGCCUGUGUUUUAAUACCUCGCAGUUGUUUUCAAAGUAGAAACCCCUCAUAUACUUUACAGCGGCCAUGCAUCUUCACUUUUAUGACUCUCUGUCUUCACUGAUUCUUCCCCUGAGGUGCAGCUUUUCUUUUUUAUGCAUCCCUGUGCACACUGUGUGGGCUAUAACGCACUAACAUGUGUGUUCAUUUUGCAGAGUGUUGCCCCUGUCAUUGUUUCACAGCACUGACACGCCCUCAAUCGAGGACCAGGCGAAUAAUGACACACGCACUGCACACAUGCAAUUGUCCAUGCAUAUUGCAUGUGUGUAUUUGCUAUAGUGAACGUGAGCACCAUAACAACUACUCAGCGUUAGUUUGUCUCUGAAAUGAGCCUGUCUGUUUGCAUGCAGCUGGUUGUGCAUUUGGUGGUGAGUGACAUCGCAGCUGUUUCAACUCAGCGAUGGAGGUAGUCUAAUCUUUCACCUUUUGUGGUCUCGUUUACACCCCCAAAUUGCAGAGAGAGAAAAUGACCAUCCACUUACAGCUUUCACUGAGGCUUUUAUACAUUUUCACGCACAUGCAAACAAAAAGGCAAAUCGCAAAAUAACCUUUUUCUCAAAUGCCACUGCUGAUGCUCUUGACUUUUUACUUUGUUCCUGAGAAUGCAGGGAGGUGUAUAUACUUAUGUCUAGCUAGCUCGGUCUAUCUUCUUAUAUUUCUCUGCUUUUGUUGUCCAACAAAUCCAGCGAGGUCCCAAGCCAAAGGCAGCUUUAGUUAUGGCAGCUUAGCCACAGGGAUUUGGAAGACUUUUUUAUUUGGAGAUAAAGGCGCAUCCGAGUCCUUUGUCUCCCAGCUACUCGAGAUGGUUUUGCAGCCAAUGAAGCUUUGUUGUGGCUAAUCUUUCUCUCUGCUUCAUCCUGUCCUCUCCUACACCCAACCCUUCUGUUUUUUUGCAACAAACACAACUUUUCACCCUUUUAAUUAUGGCUUUUUAUCUGGGGCCCAGACGCAACUGAGAGGAGAGCAGCAGCAACACAAUUACACCUUCAAGGAGGGGGAAAAGGCUGGUGGGGAGGUGGUGUCUCUACAUAUGUGUGAGUGUGUGUGGGGAAGGGUGCACGCAUACAUCAUGUGCCGGUGUGUGUACAUAUGUCAAUCCACUCAUGGGUUCAUUUUUGUUGGCAUUUUGAUGUCUGCUAUGUGAGGACCACCUAUUGAGAGCUCUGAUCCUCUUUGUGGGCUUCUGCCAAAAGAGCUGUAUUUACUAGCAGUGAUCACCACUGUAUGUAGAUGGUGAUUGCAUCCACAAAGAGAAACAUGAUGAGCGUAUGAGCUACCUUUCAGCCCCAUGCCUCCUUUUUAACAAUGAAGAAAAAAACAACAACCAGCAUGUGAGAUGUAUGGUAAUGUCAGCCAUGUUUUGGCAAAACCCAUUUGGCAUGGAUGCAUAAAAGGAAGAGAGGUGUUUAGCUGUGGGUUGCAGAAUCUGAAAGGAAAACAAAAACAGAUAGAUAAGCUGCAGGUACAACAACAAUAAGAUCACUAUUUUCCCCAACCAUAAAAUGAUUAGUCUUUGUUCUGUACAUUAGAAAAUCACAACGCUCCCCAGAGACCGGUGCUGCCUUGUACAGUACAAAAUGCACCAUUACUGUGUGACAAAUCGAAUAGAAAUGGUAAUAAAACAGGUUAAAUUCAUAGAUGAAAACCCUCCUGUCACUGCCGUGUAAUUAGACCGCAUCUUCAUUGCUGUCAUACGCACUAGUGUGUGUGUUAAACUCCGUGCUCAUAGUGUGUAUCUGAGUGCGUGCACUGCAUACUCAUGUGUUCGCCCCCAGCUCGGAGCUGUGCAGUGAAUGUAUAUGUGCUUACUGCAGUCAAACUCUGGUUAGGAACGUUUGCCCUUGCUGCAGCUUUGUACAGCAGUAUAAAACGUGUAUGUAUGUUUGUGUACGUGCUCGUGCAUGCAUGGGCGUAAGUUUCAUUGUUCAUUUCACUACAUCACUAAAAGAACAUACAGCACCUGUUCUGUAGAUUACAAUGUUGAAAUUCGCAGGUGUUUGAUAGCUUUGCACUUGCAUUUGUAAGCCGUCCUUUAAGCUACGUCUUCAUUAUCUAUAGGCUUAUAACUCACUGCAUCCUUCUCUACUGUGUGUCAGUCACUGGCAGCAAUUUGGUUUUAGGCAGAGGGCCUGAUUGGGGAAGAAGUCUGAGGGGAGAUGGAGCUCUCUCUGGCUAGACUCCAGCUCUGUCCAUCCUAUUUUAAUUACCUAUGGCACACACCCAGGGGAAUAUCUUCCAUCCUCUCUCGCCUCUGUAUCUCCUCUCCUCCUUCACACCCCCCUCUCUCUGCUAACAUCUUCUCUUUUCAUCUCAGUCUAUCGUUCAUUCACUCUUUCUAUCCUUUUUCUUUCAAUCUUUCUUUCUUCUAUCCUACAACCUAACCUAGCAGGCAGCACACGGCUGCGUCAAGUGUCUAUGCAGAGGUAACCUUUGCAUUAGCAUAUAAAUGACCCUGUAGAUUGAAUAGCAUUUUAGGAUAUUUAACAGCAAAAGACAGAUUCCCUCAACUCUGAUUAGAGGUGUUCAGAGGAGACAGGCAGCCACUUGAGGGAAUAUCGCCUCUACCUCGAUAAGAUAAAGACUUGACACAGUGAUUCCACUGCCGAGGAGAACAUGAUUGUGUGUGUGUGAAUGGGUGUGUUCAAAGACACAUUUGCUCUUGCAACUGUUUAUGCUGAGGUGCAUGUGAACAGGUUUAUCUAUCUGAAUAAAUAUCACAGUCUUCAUUUCUAUUUACUCUGGCCUACUUUGACAUCAGGUGGUGUCACUGGUAUUGACUCCUGUUAUAAGAGUCACCUUUAUUCAUAAUUAUUAGUCUUUCUGCAGCCAUUUUGCCCUCAAAGCAAGCACUACUGUCAUCAGUGUUAUUAAAAAUAUCAUGUCUAACUCUACAGCAAGGUGUGUGACAUUUACAGAGAGCACCACAAGUCUACGAAAACAUAUAAUUAUGAAGGAAUUAAUGGUAUUAUUGGAUAUGUAGUGAAUAGUAAGACACCAAAAGUUUAAUACUAGUGUCUAACAAGCUACAGCUAACAGCUAGUUAGCCUAGCUAACCAGGGACGCUGAGUUCACAUGGAUCAGCAGGGCCAACAUCUAGCAUUGUGUCACUCUUAGUUAAAAUCAGUAAAGAUGUAAGUCUGAUGAGGGUUAGGUGCGCUGCUGUUUCGUGGAAGCUGCUGCAGGACAGCUAACAGCAAAAAAAACAAGGCUAAAAAAAGUACUCAUCACAACAGGCCUUUCUGCCAAUUCUUAGCUUUUUACUGUCCCUACCUCUACCAAGCACUUUCCCUGUACUGGAUCCGAACCAAGAACCAUUUCACUCAAAAGCAGCAGCUCUCACAUCCAUGUCACAAGCCUUGUCUUUUCACCAUCACAUUAUGGCUUUUCAAAAGCAGGGUUCAGACUAUCAGGCGAAUAAAUUCUUUCAUUCAUGCCUCGCAUGGUAAGUCCCCAACUGGGAUUCGAUCAAUGAAAAAUCUGCUCAUAAGCAUUAGCCAUUGCCACCACGCCACAGGCCCGCUUGCCUAGCUUGCAAUUUAGGGUCAUUUUAUUUAAAGUUAUUGUUGUGGUUGUUCAAAAGCACAGCUCUGGGUUCAGGUUGAGAAGACUCUUACAUGUCCACCUCAUGUGGGAAAUACUUGAUCAGAAUUUGAACCUUAGCUCUCAAAGGAAGCACCUCCACACCAGAGGCCUGCCAAAUUCGGUGAGUUCAGGUCAACGUUGCAUCAUGGUUACUCAGUUCAGACUGCAGAGUGUGGAAACUCACCGUACAUUGUAAAUCCCUGAUCAAGAAUUGAACAUUGAACUAUUUAACCAAAGGCAGUAGCAUUAACUCCUCCACUGGCCAGUCUGAUUUUAUGCCAGUGUUGUAUGUCAAAAGCUUAGCCUAGACUAGACUACAGCGUGAGUAAAGCAAAUUGUUGAUGCUGUAUUUGGAAAGGCUCUUUCUGGGGCCCUCUAGUUCAAAAUCAGCAUUUCUAACUGCUACACCACUGGCCUGAUACAGUUGGUAAUGUUUCCAUUUGAUUUUCCUAAUUUAAAUAAAAUAUGAUCCAGACUAAAAUGAGAGGAAGUCGCCCUUUUCAAGCGAUGGUUUUGAAUUUAAACAUCAUUUUAAAAAAUAAAUUAUGAUCAGGCACCCCCAUUACUCAAACAAUGUGACCUGUUACACUUUCCACAUAAUUUCUAAUCAGCACAUAUUCAUGAAUUUAUUUUCUUCAUUGCGGGGAUGAAAUUGUUGCUGGUGAUUGAUUUUAUUCUUCCAAGUUAAAUGCUUCAUUGAGAGGUGUUACAUCUGCCGUGUUUUUGAAGGCUUAAAAAUUUGUUAUUCUGUUCAGCUCUGCAAAAAUAUAUUAUCUUUUUUUCCCUUCAAAUAACAGAAAAGAUUUAAUAGCAGUAUCAUGGAGGACUUAAAUCAUAAUGGAGUCCUGGUAGCAGUAUCAGUACAAAUGAAAACUAUUGAUCUCUCCUAAAUGAGGGCUGUUGCCUCUAUAUGUGAGGUGCUAAGAUUGCCAGGCAAUCAACACCACCAUGAUGUUGUUUUUUAACAGCAAACAAAAGAAAUACCUCUGAAUUUUAUCAUGAUACUAUCUAACAUGGAAUUAAAAGGCAGAUUAAAAACAUAUUCUUUCAUGAAAUCCACACUAAGUUUUGUUUUGUACAAGACGCAAUGCUGGAUGUUGGUGUUGUAUACACGUCCUUCUCUCUAUACAUGGCUGAUUACUGUACGCUUUGUAAGUUUUAUUUCUAAUAUUCUGCACUUUCUACUUACUGUUGCAAUUUCGGAUUUAUCCAUUUUUCAUCCCUAUUUCUAUUGUCCUUCCACUAAUAUUUGUAUUUUUCCAGAGCAAGUGUAAUACUGUAAUGACUGAAAUCCCCUCUAACUGACAGACUCCCAAACUUCAAGCUGAACAACAAUGCAAAGUCAGCAUUAUACAUAUACGUUACUAUUUUUUUCCACUAUGCUAUUUGUUCUUUUAUUUAUUUAUUUAUUUAUUGUAAAAUGUGAAUUAUUAGUCAGUUUCUAGUUAUUUCAAAGAAUACAAACUGGUAGAUAAAAGGUUGUGGCUGCAUUGUGGCUUUGGCAGAGACAUAAUUCUGGUCAAGUUACUGGACAAACUACAGGACUGUUAAUGUGACAUCAUCGAAAUUCAUUGUUGAUUCAUUAUGAGACAAACCCUCUACUAUGGCAGCUACAUUUUGUUCAUAUCCUCCCCUUUUUGAGUGGAAAUCUGUUAAAAGUCAAUUAAUGAAACUGUGGAGCUUGUAGGGUGGAGGACUGAUGUGUGAAGGUGACCCACUUCUCCUAGUUUAGCCCAUGUCUGUGUCUCUACCCUCAGGCCUUCUGCUUUAUUCCGGGCUUUAACCUGCAUACUGUUCUCAAGAAGUGAGUGUGUUCGUAAUGAAGGGAGGAUGCAAAGGAUUUUGUGUCAGCCCAGGAUUCAUGUUUAUGUCUUUUCUUUUUAGACUUUAAGAUCCAAGUUUAUCAUUCUCUCUUCAUCUUUUUAACUCAGUCUGUCAUAAUAACCCGGCAAAGUCAGAGCGUCCAGCUUCCAUAUAAAAACACUUAUUUUUGUCAAUAUGAUUUCAGCAUCAUAGUCCAACCUAUAUGAACACAAAGACUCUGAAUGGAUUUCAGAUAAUAACAGGGCUAGCUCACUCAGGCCAAAGAGGAAACCCAUUUAUAAAAAGAAAUUCAUUAUCUUUUUUAAAGUAAAUGUGUCAUAAAUAAAUGUGAGGUUGUGUUUGAAGAAGUAUUGUCAGUGGUUGACCUAUUGAUUUUCAAAUGAGCUAUAAUGUCUUGGUUGUGUGGUGAUAAUACAUAAAGACAAAAUCUUUGCUGCUCCCCAUCCCCCUCCUCACUGAGACAGAGGGGGUCCCUCCUCCCCAUAUAUCUGCUCCAUGUGCAUGUCGAUGCACUCUCAAAUAAAUCUACAUAUUUGUCCAUGUUUAAUUGUAUGCAUCACUGUGCGAACGUCUGGGUAUCGCUCACACAUGUCCGUGCAUGUAUUCUAUGUGUUAGAGGGCGAACUCUUCCUCCUCCCUUUUACAUCCACUGCAAUACAACAUCUCUGCCUAGCUUUGCUAUUGGUUGCUACGGUAACAAAGGCACAGAGUGGAGUGGCUGCAGCAGCGAGAGAGCAAGCGAAAGACGGAGGGAAAACAGAAAAAAAAGAGGCAGAGAGAGAGAGAUUUUUGCCUGUAGACCUAAUCACAACAACAUAAUACAUCGGACAACACAGUUCAGACACAGAGACGAGCAAAACGUCAUUACCACAGAAAAAUAUGCUGAGAUUUGAUUUGUCUAAAUUUUGUCUCAUGCAUGAUCACGCACUCAUAUCAGAGGAUUAAUUAUUGGCUGCGCUGAUUCUGUGUGCUGCACAGGUCAUGGCUCAUGCAGCUUGACAACUGUGCUAGCAGUAUUAGACACAUUUGGGUUUUGUUUAGCUGCUCAGGCCUGUGAUGUUUAUUUCUCAGUGUUUCCUCUUAUUCAAUGGGCGCUCCUCUGUAUGGAUGGGUGGGGGUCUUUAUUCUGUCUGUGUUUAGCAGGAGGGAAGUGUAUUGAUCUUGUUUAGCAGCUCAACUAGUUGAUAUGCCUCGUGCAAAUAAGAUGAAGAAGCCUAAGGAUAGGAUUGUGUGAAACACAGAAUACAAUAUUAUCAGAUAAAAAUAGAAAAGAAAAUGAAAAAAACAGCUGAUCAACUGAGAAAGUGUGUUAUUGUGAAUGUGUUUGUUUCGAUAUUCCUCAAGUUUUUGCAUUUCAUAUUAGUAAUACAACUCUCUACAAGGUUAAUGUACACAUUAUUUUUAACUUCUGUGAUUUUGAGUGUCCUACACUAUUGUCACACCACAUGGUGCACUGUCCACUACCUUAAAGUCCAACCUCCUCCAUCAGAUGAUAUUCUCUUCAAAGAUUGUUGGUCAGCCCCUUCAGAGACUCUAUGAAUCAGCCUCCAACAAAAACAUGCUAAGGCCCCAACCAUGCUCUAAAUAUGAACUAUUACCAUCUAACCCGAGACAGGCUCUUGUGUCUCAAUAAGAAUGUGCCAUCUCCUGUUUGAAGUGUUGUAUUUUGUCACUUGUUUAUGUAUCUUGUCUUGCAUGUUGUAAAUGGAGCUGCAAUGUUGCAAGUUCAAUUUCGGACUGUGAUUCAUGUCUGUCUAUCUGUUAAAUGCUGUGUCAUACCCGUGAUGCCUAUUAGGGAUGCACCGAUCCAAUAUAUGGAUCCAAUAUCGGCUCUGAUAUUGACAAAUUAACUGGAUCGGAUAUUGGAGGAAUGACGCUGAUCUAGCAUUCCAAUCCAGUUUUUUUUUUUCCUUUUAAUUAAUUUUUCUUUUAAUACAUAGAAGUCUUACUUCUUUUUGCUGUGUGCUAAUGUGCAAUUUUUUUAUUUGUUAAUCAGUAAUAUUGAGUAAAUUUAUAUCUGUGUUAAUUUGUUACCUUUUUUUAACAAGGCUAAUGUCAAGCCUGAUGCCUUCACUCACAGGGCAAGGUAUACAGUUCAUUCAUUCAACAGUAGCAUUGGAUCAUUAUUGGAUGGAUCAGUGCAUUUCUAAUGCCAAUGUGCAGUUUGAGCAUAGAAUGUAUUUCUAGUUAAAGCCAAGGGAUAACCUCUUGCACUGAAAAAAUGAAGUCAGUGUGGGGAUGCGAAAAAACCUUAUUAGGUCUCCUGUGAAGUCCCUUUUUUGCAGUGUAAACUGAAUGAACAUAUAUCAAGCCUGCACAAAAUGGUUACAGGUUCAAUAACUCAUUUCUACCUUCAGUAAAGCUCGAAGUGGGGUGAAUUCAUUUAUAACAUGUCUGUUGUGAUUAUAUAAAGGCUGACUGUUAAAAAUAAAUGUCCAUAAUUAAUAGCAUGGCUGUUGGACUGACAUGUGGGCACGUUGUAGCUGUUUGCCAGGAGGCUUUAGUCCUGCCUCAGCUCCACUUCUUUUGGCAGUUUCCAGAUUGAAUGAAAGUUAGGUUGAGUCAGCAAUCCAAUAUGACGGCUGCCAUUGUUGGGCUCUAUAUUACUCCUCAGAAAACAAUAGGUGACGUCACUGAGACUACAUCAAUGUUUGACAAAGUCAGUGGUUAAAGACAGCAGUCAGUGUUCUCCCUCUGGUGUUUACAUUAUUGAUCCCCAGUCUUCAAACCUUGGAGUUAAGACAGGUUUUAUAUAAAGUAAAAAAACAACACCAGCAUCUCUUGAAGAAAAAAGACCUCAGUAAAUGGUGCUCAGUCCCCCCUGAAGAGGCCAGAACAUAUGGACGGCCUGAUAAGAGAGGCAUGAUCAGGUGACUCGACUUCUCCAGAUGACCUGCUGAUUGGUUAAUGAUGUGAGCGUUAGCAGGUGAUUCGCUAAUGGGUUGCCUGAUGAGGCUAGAUUAUAGCGUGUGUCUGUCGCCUUCAUUACAUGCACCCUGUGAUAGCCAUGUCAGUGUCACACCUUUUUGAUCCUAUCACGCCAACACAGUCUGACUCUAAAAGCAUAACACCCUGUCUCCAGUCCAUUUUCUCCUCCCUUGAUUCCCUCAGACUUUGUUUGUUACCAGCAGGAUCAUUUUUAUAGCUUGAUGAGCUCAGACAGUCUUGCAGACAGUAUCCCGUUUCCUCAUUUCUUCUUUUAUCCUUCAUCUGUCUGCAGGGACAACUCAGAAGCCUUGAUAAUCAAACGUCAAAGUGCUGCCCUCAAACCUCUUUAUAUAGCUAACGGUGUUAAAAAUACUGUCUGUGCCAUGAGACUGACCAGCAGCGGCAGCAGAGCUUUAACAUACUGGUCUUGGCCCAGAUCUGAUGGUUUACCCUAUGGAUCAAUAACCUUAAUCAAUAUGCACUCUAAUGAGGAGGCUCCAUCAAUGAUUGGCGGCAGGUAUGUAGCAUGUGGAGUGAAUUUAUGUGUGUGAGGAACCCAGAGUGAGGAAGACAGGAGGGAUGGUUGGCUUUGAACCUGAGGAUUUUUAUCUUUUUGAGCCAUGUGUCACUGACCAACAUUUCUAUUUUUCAAACACAAACAGUUGUCCAGACAAAAAAGCAUUUGGCCUAUGAAAUGUACAGAAAAUGUUUAGGGAUAAUUUGGGCAUGAUCAUCAAAACUGUUUGUUUUUUUAUGAUUUAAUAUUUGCUGGUUUACAAGACUCUGAAAUAUAUUUUACAAAUGAAAAGAUCAGAGUGUUAUAAUGCAGCUAGAGUUGUAAUUUAAUGUGCAUAUAAGAUGAUGAGACUUUUCUGGCCUUGUUAAUGUAAAACAAACAUUAAAGUUGCUGCUGUAAAAUGAACAAAGAUCAUACAGCUCCAUGUUGACACACCGAUGUGUGUUUGUGUUUCUUUGUACUGUGGUUGUAUAGAGAUUGUAGGAUGCCAUAAGGAAUUAUCAUAUGCAGUUGGCCUUGAUUUGGGCUUUUCUUAUUUCUCUAGUUUAUGCCUACAAGUGUCCUUUAUCCCCUGUCCAAACAGACCUUUUAGAAAGAUAUACACAUUCAUCUGGAUGCAAAAGUGGUGGGAGAUGAAUAAGUGGAUAGUUGGAUAAGUACAAAUGUGUUUUGGGCAUUAUGACUUCCAAAUGAGGCAUGCCAUCCAACUGGAAUACAGCAAAGAUUUGCAUAAAAGCUGAAAUAUAGAUUUCAGUUUAUUUGUGUUUUUACACAUCCGUGAUCUCAAACUCAGAGAGACAAUGCAGUCUAUUUGCUAUAUUUGAAUGAAAUCCGGUUUUAAAAAUCAUGUCUGAUGCUUGUUGCUUUAUCGCUCUACCUCACCACCCUAACCCCAAAUGGGAGGGUCUAAUAGCAGAGGAGGUCAGGAAGGAAACAAAUUGAAAAGAGACUUUCUGUGGAAUCCCACAGAGUUUCAUUAGAUCAUCUUAAUUUCUAUUUGCCAAUUGGCACUAUUAUAAGUUCUUUAAUUGAGCUAUUAUUAGAUCUCAUCAGACACCCAGAUUUGUUCAGACAACCAGGCUCUUCUUUUCUUUUUCAAAGCAGUCUUAUGGAGAAUUAGUCAUAAGAGAUAAUUGUAUGAAAUGAUUGAAAUUGUGCAUCUUCUGUAAAGAUCUGACUGAGUUAUGAUUCAGAAGCAGUGCAGUUUUCGGCUUUGAUGAGCACAUGACAGAUCUAUGAUGUCCAAAAGAUAGUAUAAGCAGGUGGUCAUGCAAAUCCAUCUGCACACCCAUCCUCUAAUAUACAUUAUUUCACUGGUUUUAUCUGGCUAUCAACUAAAGACAAACAAUAUAACACAAAACCAUAUCAUUUAAAUAAUAAUUAUUCAUUUAUACAGCUGAAAAAAAAUGAGUUCUCGGGGUCAGUUACACUUCCCUGGACACAGAUUCUUACCAGCAUCCUCAAAGGACAAAUUAAUAUUGAACUGAACAUCUCAAUUCACUCUCUUUAGCUGGCUUAUUGCUUUGAUUUACAUGAAACAGAAUAUUUUUAUCUGAGGUCUGCAUGCUGUGAACAGGAAUUUUGUGGGAAUAUUUUUGUUCAUUAAUAUGUCUAACUGUCCUUCUCAUGGGUUGCUACACCACAUACUGUAUUAAUGCAUCAGCGACCUUUAGAUGUAGCUCUGCUGCUGUUGCCUGGAUUGCAGGACAGGAUCUUGCUCCACUUUUACUCCCUAACAGAGAUUUUGUAGGCUCCUGUAACUCCUCAGGCUGCUUUUUUUACCCAGUUUCAGGACUGUCCUUAGAUGGGUACUAACACUUUUGCCACAACGUCAACAGGCAGAGCUGAAAUGUGCCGGACCUCUUCCCACAGAUUGAUUUGACUUGUCAUGUGUGAUCAAGGGUGUCCCGAUAAAACUUUUUUACUUCCAAUACGAUACCAAUAUUGUAGUCUUCAGUUUUGGCCGAUAACGAUAUGGAUCCCUAAUUGGCAUAAACUGACACAUGACAAGUUUUGCUCUCAGCUACGUCUUUUUCAUAAUUAGACAAAAAAAUACUGCCACGUGGCCGACAUCACUCCUACUCCUUGCUACUUUGUUAGUAAAUUAGUACACACUGCUGCUGUGAUCACGUGGGCUCUGGAUGUUGGAUUUGUGCACUGAGAGAUAGAGGUGUCGGGAUGGAGUCUGGAAUGGACUCCUUGUAUCUGAGUGCUGAUAUCGAAGAUUUUAGAUGCUGGCCACUAUAAUCCAAUAUUAGUUUUUUUUGCUGAUAUCAGACCGAUAUCAAUAUCAGAUCGGAACACCCCCUAUGUGUGAUCAGAUUGUCUCUGGCAUAAUCACUAUUAUCAUGAGUUUCUAGCUAAUUUUUACCAAGUAUCUAAAACAGCUUGGUGACAAUCUCACAUGUUCCAUUUAAUUUCCUUCAUUCCGUCAAAACAAGCGGAAUUUCAUUGUGGGAUUUGGCACGUUCUUAUGAAAUGGCCUUCAGGAAAUGAGGCUGACCCCAAACCCCAAUCAGUUCUAGUCCAAGGAAUUCCAAUAGAGAGUCAGAGCGAGCAUAGCUUCCUCCCCCCUCAGGGCUCCUCCAGUGCUUCCGAUGAGGAGGAGGCUCAGAGAUGUCAAACCUGCAAUCUUUUGGUUUGAAUUUCAUUAGAAGUGGCCUCGGGUGUAUAGUCUGCAGCCCCCGUCUCCUCAGUAGAGUCUUCGAACAGCCUGUCACUCAAACAUGUACACACUCUGAAGUGUUGGCAACACAGAUGAAUGUGCUUAUGUACCAAGUAUGAGCGUUUUACAUCUGGUUGCAUCUGUGCACUUCAAAUAGCAGUUAUCAUCACCUUAGCAACAAACACAUCUACCUCCCUACCUGCUUGCCUUUCUAUCUUUGAUAAACAGUCCUAUUUUUUUUUUUUCACAUUGGAACAGACAAGCAGAGAGAUAGAAAGAAAGAGAAAUGAAGAGAGGAGAAGAGGUGUGGGUGAUGGAGGGGGAGAGAUGGAGGAUGAAAGCAAAAAGCGGGGGUUGGGGGACAUGCUUUUCAGGUUGAUUUGAUGGGAACAGAAUCAUACUGGUAUUUUUUUCAGUUUCUAACCUUUCUUUUUAUGUGCUCAAUCAAACUCCACAUUUUCCAGGGAUUUAGCGGCGCCCUCAGCAAACCCAAGACAAAACCUGAGUGCUCCGCCCUUUUCGUUCCCCUCAUUUGUCGUGCCUUUUCUUUCCCGUCCUUUGUUUCUCUUCUUCUUUCAAAGUAGUCUCACAUCAAAGAUGCAAGCUGUGCAGCUGAGCCACAGGCAUUUGGAGUAAAUGCACAGAAAAGCUUCUACAUUUUAAUGUGUGUUUGAUGGUGUAGCUGACUCGAUUUAUGACUGGUAGUAAGUUAUGAGAAGCAGUGUAAGUCUGCUGUCUCUGUGUUAAAGGUGAGACAGAUGCUCAUGCACAGCGGGGAGUCUGAUUUUGAUUGUUCACCCCUCAAGGUAGAUUUUCAGCUAAACCAGCAGUAUAAAGAACGUGUGAGUGACUGUUGAUCAUUCCAACAUUUCAGUCCUGAAUGACCCUGAGUUUUGUUCUAACAUUCAAUGCCAGCAAAGUAUUAACUCACCGAACUUUGGUCAUUACACAAUUUUUCAUUUAGCACUAUGAUAGGUCAGAUAAUUCAAUCGAUUCAGUACCUUGAUUUAUGACCAAACACCUGUACAAAUAAGCUCAUUUAACCUCGGCUGUGAGAAUGUUACUGUGAGUAUACGCUUGUGAAACUGAUAAACAUGAUUGUAAAUUGACUUAUUAGUAAUGUCACUGAGUGCUACUUAACAUGUUUUUGUAGAUUUUUUCAAAAGUGGUUUGCCAAAAUCUGUAUUGAAGUACAGUUUUCACAGAGCAUGACUGCAGACUUUCAGGUCAGACUCAGACUGCGUGAGUUUUAGGAUUACUCACAUGUGUUAAGCGUUUUCCCAUAUGGUAACAUAACAGAAGCAGGGUUUGUGACCUUUACUGCAGCAGCUCUUUCAGACAAGUGGAUAGUUAUGAUGCCCAUUUUAUACACCUCUUUAGACAAAAAAGAAGGAUUAUGGUGUGGGACCUUUGUGGGACGGAUAUCCAGCCUAAGUUAAGUAUUAACAGACCCAGUCUUGUAACCCAUGAACAUUUUCAGAGUUGCCGUGAUAGUUCACUGAGACGUUUUCAAGAAGAAAAGCCUUGUCCUAAGGCUAAUGUCAGCUAGCAUGCUGUUGUUGACAGAAAACACCUACUUUUAGUUCUUCCCUGUGACUAGACCAUCAAAAUGGACCACUUCACAUAAAACACUCUCCUAUCCAGACUUGUCAAACAUUUUGCUUGUUAUUUCUGACUGAACUUAUCGCCUAGAGUAUGAAAAAGUAUCAGCCUACAACAGCAGGUUGUUGCCAGCCUCAGUUCAGUUUACAUUGCUGUGAGAUCUCAAGAGAGAUCACAUAAGGAAUGAUCCUUAUACUUGUGUACACUUAAUAUUGAAUAAUAAUAUCCUGCAGUGGGUGGUGCACUAUUAUUUUAAUAUCUUUAAUGUGUGCAUGUUUGAUAUUAAAGAUGAUAGUUUCUGUUUCGUUACACAACAUGUGCAAGAUGCAAACAUAUUUUUAAGUAUCAUUGAAAAAACUAUUGAAGUCUGAGCCUGGCCUAGUCUUCCUUUGUUUAUGUAUAAGUAUUUCUCACACUGCAUGACCCUACUCUGGCCCCAUAAAGAGAAACCUGUUCCCUUUCUCUUUAGGCUGCUCAUGAUUUACAGUCAUGAACUUCGACCUUUCCAAAGACCUUCAGCUUUCUUGUCUCGGUAACUUUUUUCUCUCUGAUUCUUCUAUACUCUUCCUGUGUUCUAUGCAGACCAGUAUUUUUGUAAUUAUUUGGUGGUUAUUAGCUGUAGUGUAACCUUCAAAUGUCUGUGUAGACAUAUGAAGACAAUUAUUGAAGGAGACAUCACCACCUCUCAGUGGCUUUGUAAUCCUGGGAAUGUUUUGUGUCCUGGCGUGUUAAAUGGCUGUGAGCGUCUCCUUCAAUUCAAACUGUUUGACAAUGAAGUGACAUUUCUGACAAUAGAUCCCCAUUACAUCACCCAGCAGACAAUAGAUGCACAUUAGCUCCCUGCUGGAGCCAGGUUGGUGGCAGCAGUCACCCUGCUGCACUUCUGACCCUGUGCUUUGCUCUCCCACACACACACACAAACACACACAAACACACACAAAUACACACAAACCUGUUCAAGAAGAAAUCCGUCAAAAUGUCAAUACGUGCACACUCCCAUGCUCACACUCUGAAAAUAUUGAGUUCACAAUGAUGACACUUUUCUCUCUCCUUUCUUUGUGUUAACAGUACAUGUGUGUUGCUACCAUGGCGACCAUGGCCCCUCCCCUCACAUUUCUUCUCCUGCUGCUUCAACUGGCUGAUGGCUCAUUCCCAGAGGAACCCAGUCCGCUCAGCUACGUCCCCGUUGAGGGUAUGUUUCUCCCUCCUGAGUUGCGUUGUGUGUGUGUAUGUGUGUGUGAAUGUAUAUAAAGCAGUGAUAAAUGGCUCCAUGGUGGAUGUGGAAAUCAGGGGUCAAGGGUCAGAGCCUUGGUGUGAAGUUGCUUUGAAGCUAUCCAGGCAUGCAGAUAAAUAAAGAGACAUUGCUCUGUCUCUUCAUGGCAGGAUUCAUAAAACAAGAAAGGCACAAAGAGAGGAAAAAGGGGAGAGAAAUGAUUCUUAUAGGUGUUGAGAGGUAGAGGAAGAUGAAAAAGAGGGAGACAAUUGGAUCGGAUGGGGUGCUACAGAUGACGAGAGAGAAGGCUGAAGGGUGGAGAAGAGAAGGGAAGGAGACAGGUGGAGAUGGAUAGCUACGUCCUCUCGCUCCCUCCCCUGCAGUCAAGGACGAUGAGACAUUUUUCCAAUCUGUCUCCUGAUGAUGAGAGCUCCCUGUAGAGGCUGUUGUCCUCCUCUUUAAAAGUUUCAGAUACCGAUGCUGCUGCUUCCUCGCUCCACCUCAUCUGAGCUCUGUUAUUUGUCUGAGAAACAGUAGGAGGAAUGAGAGAAGUGACAAUGUACGGACUUUUCUCAUCAUGGAGCCACACGCAUAAAAAAGUGAUUCUAUGUGAUGUUACUGCAAGACUUUUUAAUAUCUGUAAUACCUCAACUACACUGUAGAAUCAGGACUCCUCCAUAACAAUCAUAAGACAACUGCUGCUUUAUAAUCAGUCUCACAUCAUUCACAUUAUUAUUUAUUCAAGUAUAUUUUAUUGUAUUGUAACAAAGAAGUUAUCGGUCCCAAGUCAAAAGUUAAAGUACUCAAAAAAGUGCGAGCAAGUUUGAGUUUGCUUGCAAGUAUUUUCUCUUCAAUUUAAGCACCAAAGAUGAAACAAUUGGAGCCAAAUAGUCAUAUGGUCCAAACAGUCCUCCUUUCACACCAAGUCUAACCUCCAAAAUGAGAAUAACCAAUCACAGUUGAGGAUUUUAAGGUAGUACCAGGGGUGGCCUGUCACAUUUAACGGGGGGUCUAUGCCACUCUCGACCAUGGCUCUGACUUUGCAAUUUUACUGCUGCAUCUUAUCUUGUUUUUUUAUAAUCUCAUUAUGCUAAAACUGAGUGUGUUUCCCAAAAUGCCUCAAUAGUAUCUAUCUACAAGGUAAAAGGGAAAAAUAGUGUGUUGUUUUUUUUGUUUUUUUAUCAGUGUUAUAAUUUCUGAUGUUGUAUAAGAUUAUUUUUGUUCCAUGGGUAAAUAUGAGCAAGAAUUAUUCAUUAGUGUGUCUGUGUGCUCGUGUCAGUUGUGCGUAGGUAUCCAGUAUUCCUGGGCAGAGCUCAUCGUUCAGCUCAGAGACAGGAGCUGCACAUCCAGACGGUCCUCCAAGUCAACCGCACACUCUACAUAGGAGCCAGGUAACCAACGGCAACCGCCUCCAACUGUGUGUUUCUGACGCUCACACAUUAAUAUCCUUUUGCUUUCAUUUGAUGCCACAGCUUCCAUCUCCUGUCACUCUGCAGAAGACAUUUUGAGUUUGUACCAGUGAGGAGGAUGAAUUCAAUCUUGUUAAAUGUCAAGCUAAAGCUGUUUGUUCACUUUAGUCUUUCCUGUGAUAUAUGGAAAUAAGAAUUUUAUUACACCUGUAGGAGACAGAUAGGGGUCUCUGGGCCAGGUCUGGUUUUCCAUCACAAAUAUUUAGGUUUCAAGUGAAAGUCAAAAGAUUGCUGACUUAUUUAUACAAAAUGAAAAUAAAAGGCUUAUAUAAUUCCAAAUAAAUGUGACCUAAAAGCAUCUAAACCUGCACCCACAUGAAGAAAGAGGCAGACUGUGCCUGGUGAUGAAAAGGCUUUUAAAUGGACCGAAUCAAUAACACAAAUGAAUGCUAAAAUCCACAUCAUUUGAAUUAAAAUUCCGCAUUUUGAACAGUUUUUAUUUCAUGGCUGCAACAACGACAGAUUUCUGUCUCAAAAAAAAAAACACAAACAGGUGGCCGUCUCACAGAAAUGGUUUGUUUACAACAACAACAACAUCAACAGUACUUUCAUUUAAUCAUAAAUGAGGCUGACUGCCAUUUUUGUGCACCACAAAUACAUUCAAUUUAGUUUUCCUUUGCCAAAUGAGUAUUAACAUAAGCUGCUGUAACUCUGUAAGCCCUCAUUUACUAAAUUACAUCUGAUGUCCGAUAAAAUCCGAAAACAAGAUCUUUUGUCAAUCAGAUUUGAAUUCUCCACUCCUGUAAAAUGUCCGCUCCAGAAUGAACAAAGCUGAAAAAACAAUUCAUUUCUUAUACAACAUUGAUCAACAUUGAUACGUGUUAAUUCUCAUGAGAGUACAUAGUACUGUCUAUUUUUGUAUUUCAUCGCCACUGGUUUGUUGCAUCUUUUGCAGAGAUGAUUUGUACAGAGUGGAGUUGGAUAACAUGGCAGGUGAAGAGAUGUUCUACAGUAAAGUAAGACUUAUUCUCUCAUUCACACACAAAACCAAGCCUGCACUAAUGUUAAUGUCCAGAUACAUUCAUACUGUACAAAACAUGCAGACUGUGCCUUAUUCUUUUUGCAGAAACGGACGUGGGAAUCCAAUAAGAAUGAUAUUCGAGUGUGCCGGAUGAAGGGCAAACAUGAGGUACAGCGCCAGUACACAACACUCUGACUUUGAGAUCCACUCUCCCAUGCAUCAAUACAAUCUACACAAUCACACGCAUGGACGGACACAACAGCUGUUAGAGAAACCUUAUUUCCUGUGGGUGCACCUGCAUGUGGUAUUUACACAAAUUUGAUCUUGUUGAUACAGAAUCAGCACAUCACUUAAUCACGCCAGAGCGGUGAAACGUUACCCAGUCCAAAAGGUGUGUGAAGCUUGAAAGCCAUUUUUCUGCACACCUGCAUAAUGCCAGAGUUUUCAUGGCCCGUUAGAAAGUGAAUCAAGCAAUGGUCUCUUUAUAAAAAAGCGAUCAUACACAGUAUUCUGAUACAUGAAAGGCGUGUGAUCAAGCAUAAAUUAGAAAUAGAUGUUAUGUAGUGGCAUGGAUUCAUCCCAAAAUGUACAAAAUUAUCAUUCACUUUGUAAACAUUUUUAUCUGACACCACACUUUGUUACUCGUUUGCAAUAGUAUACAGUAGAAGUAGAGUGUUGAUUUAUUUUCAUAUAAUUUCUUUCCAAUUCAUCAGCAUUUAAAAAGAAAACAGAUGGUAAAAACCCAGGGGAACAUGUAGACAUAUUUUAGGGGACAACAACACAUGAAACACACCAUUAGCCACUGAGAGACAACAGCUUAUAUGAGACUUCAACCAAUUUAAAGCUAAGUAUAUCUGUUAGGCUAAUACAUCAUAUAGCAGUUAAACUUAUUCCCGACUGCUCUGGUUAAAAUUGUAGCAGUGUUCAUUAAUUCCAGUCGAACAUUACUGUUUAAAAAAUUUUCACUAUUAAUCUAUUCAUGGCCACUACCAAACUUAGCAAGCAAAAAGAUAAGAUACUAUCAUGUAGUAUCUACAUGUUGUGUAACAGUAGUAUUCAGUUAAUCACUGAAAAUGGGGGCGGCAAUAGCUCAGGAGGUAGAGCGGUCGUCCAAUAACCUGAAGGUUGGAGGUUUGAUUCCCCCCUAUCCCAAGUCUGUGUGUUGUGUCCUUGGGCAAGAAACUUAACCCUCCUUGCUCCCAGUGUGUGUCCUCCACUGGUGUAUGAUUGUGAGUGUUGUGUGGUGGUGGUGGUCGGAGAGGCCGUAGGCGUUUCCGUCAGUCUGCCCCAGGGCAGCUGUGACUACUAAGGUAGUUCACCACCACCAAGGUGUGACUGUGUGAGCAAAUGAAUGAUGUAUCCAAUGUAAAGUGCUUUGAGGGUCUCUGAUAAAGCGCUAUAUUAAAUCUGAUGUCUUAUUAUUAAUCAACAUUAGUGUUUGAUGGUUUCAGGUGACAGCACAGUUGUUGACAGAAAAUUUGUCAGAUAGGUUUUCAGUGCUUCCUUUAAGCUCACUGUUGUUACAGCAACAUUUAUUCAAUGCACACAUUCUUUGUGUUUCUCCAUACAUUAUCAUUAGCUGUUGUUCAUGUAAGAGAUGGGUAACUUAAAGUAAAAGCUGGUUUUUAAAACUCAGAACACUGAGUUGAAUAACAGCAUCAAAGUUUCCCACCCUGGGUCUGAUAGAGAAAGAUGGUCAUCAUGUUAACUUUGUGAACUCCCAUCAGCAAAGUGUAAAUCUCAGUGGAGCCAAGGAAAAAGAGGAAAAGCAAAAUAUAAUUGAGCAAACUGAGAGUGACACAGCCCCAAGAAGGAAAAAAAGUAUUCGAAACCAUCUGAGGAUAAGAGUCAUAAGUUGAAAUGGGAUGCGUGUGGGUGGUGAAAAAGUGAGGAAAGACACAGCAAGAUGGGGGAAGCCUUCAGGUAGCAGGAAAGGGUAGACAGUACAACAAAAGGAACAAAUGUGAUGUUUCAAAGAAGACAGGUGAAAGAAGAAAACAUGUGAGUGGGAAAAAAGUAAUUAAAGUUGUGAUAAAAGAGCAACAAAGGCAGGGGGGAAUGAGUGGCCUGAGGUGGGUGGGAAGACAGUGAGGGCAAGAGAGGGAGAAGACAAACAGAAGAAAACAAAAGACAGGAGGGUGAAAACUAUCAGGUGAGGUCUGCAAACUUCACCAUCAGCAGCUUGUACUUACAGUCUGUUGGCAUCUAUUGGGAAGUGUUUGUUUACUGAUUCAUUUACAUCAUAACAAAGAAAGCUACUUUGUCAUGCCAGACAUCUUAAAUGCCAAUGCAAGGAACUACAUAACUGUGAGUGCAAGCUGCUGAUGGGGAACUUUGCAGAUUUCACCUGACAGUUUUCACCCUUAUGUCUUUUGGAGGCUCAAUGAAUUAGGCAAUAAAGUUGCAAAAAUGCCUAAGUCGAAUGCAUCAAAGAUUACAUUUGUUGGAAGUAUGAUUUUGCUUUCUAAUAUGCAGAGUUAAACCUGUGUCACAUAUUUCUUUAACAGCUGGAGUUGGCACCCUGUCAGCUGACCCGGCUCCACCUACCAGCUAAUUUAAAAAUCACCUAUUAUACAUUCAACACCUUUUUGUUGCACACAAAAGGACAUUUUUCAUGGGUAGUUAUGCCGGACUACUUUUUGGCUUGAAGCAGUUUCUGCAUCUGCUAUUUGUCUGACAAUGGUUGUACUGAUUUCCUGACGUUAUGAAUUAGCUUAGCUAGCUGUUUUGUUUUGUUUCUGCUGCAAGUCUCUCCCCAUUUUUAAGCUAAGCUAACAGGAUGCUGGUUCUGACACAACAGCUGUACAUUAUUAGGAUUGCUAUAACUCUUGACAUCCUUCCCUAGCUAAGAAAGUACAUGAGCUUGCUUCAAAUCACGGCAAACUAUCACUUCUGUCUGUGCUUUUGUUGCUAUGAUGUGAAAAAUUUGGACGAGGGUAGAAUGCUAGUUGUUGUUAGCAUGUACGCAAUUAAUAUUUGUGCAGAGUACUCUUAAACUCAAUCCCAGCAGGAAGUAAUCCUCCAAUAUGAGACAGAUCACACAGCGAGUAACAGAAGUUAGCAUUCUUCAACUUUAACAAGACACUACAACAUUAGCUCCCCUCCUUCAGGUUCAUUGAAGAGAAUUUUUUUCCCCCCAUCUUUAUAAGUUCAUGUAAUCAGACACUGGUGUUUAGUACAAUGACAAAGGAACCAUUCAGCUGACCAGCAUCACAUGUCAGAUUAAGUGGAAGGUACCAGCUUUGAAUUACAACUUCAUCAGCACCCGCCAGUUUGAAGAUAGCUUUGAAACCCUUGUUCAACUAGAUGGAUUGUUAUUUCCUUUUAAGACUGUCGUAAUCUGUAUUUGUCUUGCCUCUUCUUACUGGUAGUUUUAGGCUUACCUUAAGUUCAUAAUAGUCUCUUUCAAGUUGGCCAGUUCUGUGUGAUUUUCCUCUUCUCUUAAAUUUUUCCCUUUUGUGUUUUUUUUUUUCACCAACAGGGAGAGUGCCGUAAUUUCAUCAAGGUUCUUCUCAGCCAUCAUGGUGGUCUGUUUGUAUGUGGAACAAACGCCUUCAACCCGCUGUGUGCCAACUACACUGUUAGUAUCCUUCUUCUCUCAUCUUGUCUUUCUCUGUGAAUUUGCCAGUUUGUUUGUCUCAGUAAUUGUUUCCUGUUGCAGAGAGACACUCUUGAAUUGGUGGGAGAGCCUGUCAGUGGGAUGGCACGUUGCCCGUAUGAUCCGCGACAUGCCAAUGUGGCGUUAUUUGCAGGUAGAGCCAUGUGUUUGCACUAAAGAAUUCAAGGUAUCUAGCAGUCAUCCGGCUCAGUUUUCAGCUCUAGACAGUGGAACGUCUGCGCCCUUGUGUUUACCUUUGCAAAUGAUUUAUAGUCAGACCUCUCGACGCAUUGCUUGUUUGGUUUUAAUCUCCCUGACCUUGUGCUAUCUCCCAUCUGUAUCUUUCCCUUCUUCUUAAUCUCCUCCUCUCCUCUCUCUCUCUGCACUUCUCUCAGAUGGAAGUCUCUUUACGGGCACUGUGACUGACUUCCUGGCCAUCGAUGCAGUGAUCUAUCGCAGUCUCGGUGACAGCCCCGCCCUCCGCACAGUCAAACAUGACUCCAAAUGGUUCAGAGGUAUUUUUUUUUCUAAAUACAUGCACAAAUAACCCACCAGAGUAUUAUAUCCUCAAUAGACCACAUGGAGACGAAUAGCGGGAACCAUCACCUUUAUCUCUGGUUGUUGAAUGAAAGAAAAUUAAAGACUGUGGCUGUCUAUUCAUGAGUGAAAAAGAUGAUUCUGAAGCUGCAAUAAUGGGCUUUAUUCAGGGAACAAAACGUGAUCAGGUUUACAUUCGAUAGAAUCAUUAAAGGUGGAACACGCUCACAAAGACUGAUGUAUUGAGGUCAGUUGGACUCUGCAGCUUUAGGGUUUUAAUGAGUCUCUUACUCAAAAGGUGAGCCUGUUUUCAAUGGAGAAGAAAACAAGCAGUGUUAAGGUCGAAGCUGGAGCACUGAGGGAUGAAUAAAUGAUAAAUAAAGUUGAUCCUUUUGUCUGUGAUGAUAAAUUAAACAACUCGUGAAUGUUUCAUGAGCAAGGCUGGUGGACUUUAUGUUGAUGUGACUGUUAUUACAGCACCCUGUCAGGAACUUUGGAGGGCUGCGUCCGCCCUCAGGAAUCACAUUCUUACUGUUUUGCAUGUGUGACUGUGAGUAAAUGUGUGUCUGAUACAGUGUUUUCCUCAUUGGACUUUUUUCAGAGCCCUACUUUGUGAGCUCCAUGGAGUGGGGGCCUCAUAUUUAUUUCUUCUUCAGAGAAAUGGCCAUGGAGUUUCAUCAUCUAGAGAAGGUACUCUCACUCUUCAUCAGCUCCUUUAUUCCUUUUUUUAGCAGGGUGUUCAUUUGAUCGGUGCAUGUAUAUGUGCAUAUCACUUAGGCAUUUUGUAACAGAUUUAACCUUCCUCCUGUGUUAGCUUCAACUACGCACCCACUAUGUUAACGGGUCGAAAACAACCCAUGUCUUAAAUCAGCUGCAAAUUACACUAAAAACACUUUUUUAUCAUCCAAUUUGGUUCUCAUCUCUAGGUUAACUUGUUAGGCUUCAUAAUCCAUGAAAAUAUUGCUUACAAUAUUUUUUGUUGUGGUCCUCUGGGCCUUUCUUUGUCAGUAUACCCCCCACACAGACAUCUAUACUGAAUUGAUCUCCCAUGUCUGGACAUGCCUGAUGUUGUUUUUGUGCAGGGAAAAAACAGACAAAAUGAGAAUUUCCUAAACCUCACAUGAUUGGAAGAAGAUCUGACUGUCAGUGUGGUGCCUGGCAGCCACUUAUGAUUUUAGUUUUUGCUCUAAUUAUUAGAUAUCAAUCUAACCGGGUCAACAGCAACCCUAACACGACAAGUGCCAAACUUUUAAUAAGAGCAUUUUAUAAUUAGUCUAUUCAGUUUUAUUAUCUUUAUUUUGUUGAAAUAGAGGUUCCUGACAAAGUCAAAAAGUCUUGAUGCAAAAAAGCUCAUUUCUGUGUCUCUUUUAGGCAUUUAAAAACAAAAAUGGGUCGGUGCAGACCCUAACACAGGAGGAGGGUUAAAAGCAGAUAAAAGAAAUAUCAGUGCUACAAACCUUCAAAUGUAGGUUUGUUUAUAGAUGAUUAAAAUAACAAAAAUGUGAAGAUAUCAUGUGUGUUAUUAAGAUAUAAAAUAAAUGACAAAUAUAAAAUUCUAUUGGAAAAACAGAUGAGAUACAAACAAAGGCAAGAGUUCAAUCAAUCAAAAACACAAAUAUGAAAAAAAAGUCAAAGUCUCAUCCGUUCAACACCCUUUCUUCUCUUUUCUACCAUAAUCCUGAAAUGAAACUUAAUUCUGCAUCUUUUUCCAGGUUAUGGUGUCCAGAGUGGCUCGAGUUUGUAAGGCAGACCUGGGUGGCUCUCAGCGCGUCCUGGAAAAACAGUGGACUACAUUUUUGAAGGCACGGCUAAACUGCUCCGUCCCUGGAGAUUCGCACUUUUACUUUAACCUCCUACACGCCACCUCCGGCAUCAUCCGCAUGCAGGGACGAGACGUUAUCCUGGGUCUCUUUUCAACGCCGCCAAACAGGUACAGAACGGCACAAAACAUGCACACAAAGACCCAUCAGCAGUAUUUUUAUAGAAAAUAUAUAUUUAUAUUUUUUCUUCCUCUUCUCUUACUGUAGCAUUCCUGGCUCUGCAGUGUGUGUGUUUGACAUGCAGCAGCUCGCUCGUGUGUUUGAAGGCCGGUUCAAAGAGCAGAAAACCCCUGAGUCUAUUUGGACUCCUGUGCCAGACGAAGCAGUGCCCAAGCCAAGGUAUUAUUAUGGCAAUAUUGUGCAAAGGAGAUAAAUACAGAACUGGGCAGAAUACUGCAGCACUGCUUUUUCCGAACAUUUGUCUCGCACAGAGUCUACUUUUUCUUCUUCUAUAAGCCCCAGCUGUCCAUCACGCUGAAUUUUCACCACGAUUCAGCAAAUUUUCUAAAACAGCCUCUAGCAGCUUCUUUCUCCUCCUUUCUUUUUUUUAUGCUGUGUAUUUAUUAUCCUCUCUUUCUUGUUUUUAUCUUUCCAUGUCCGCCUGCAGACCAGGAGGAUGUGCAGUGCAGGGAUCCAGAUUUAGCUCCUCUACCACACUACCAGAUGAGGUGCUGAACUUUGUGAAGACCCACCCGCUGAUGGAUGAGACUGUUCCACUGCUGGGGCACAGACCCUGGGUGGUCAAGACUAUGGGACGGUACUCGAUUGUUUUAGUUUUAUAGCCCCCAUGUGUAACUUUUUACAGCGUGAAAAAGGAAAGCAUUGAUCUUCAAAGUGUGCUCUAGUCUAAGCCCAUAGGUAGGAUAGGAUGAUGUUUGUUAUUGAUCUGCUGUACUUUGCAAAAAAAAAAAGCUUUUCAGCUCUUUGUCUUACGCACAUACCCCUCCAUAGGUACCAGCUGACAGCCAUGGUGGUGGACACAGAGGCAGGUCCACAUAAGAACCGUACAGUCCUCUUCCUGGGCUCGACAAGAGGAACCAUCCUGAAGUUCUUAAUGCUUCCCAGCGGAGAUCCGUUCUCCCACAGCAGCGUGUUUCUGGAGGAGGUGGAAGGAUUCAACCCAGAGAAGUGAGUAGGAGUGAAGCUGUAUUUCUGCUUGAUCUCCAAUAAAUGAUCUAUUUCAGUUUGUUGCUCCAGGUAGAUCAGGUUUCUUGUUAUCAGUCUUCAUUUAAAAACUGGAGGGCAGCAGAAACCGUCUCCAGUUACACUUAAAGAUUAAAUUUAAAGAGUAACUAAUAAUAAAUGGCAACAUAUUGCAGCAGCUUAUAUCAUGUGUUUUCAUACAACACAAACCCCUAUAUACUGUAUUUUAUUGUUAUUCAACUAAGCUUAUUUAAAUGUAGUUAAUUUUACAUCGCUUAUCCUCCUACAUAUACAAGUUUGGACUUCAUUUCUGUGUCUCUAUAUUUCCUGAGAACCUGCUUCUGUCUAAACAAACAAAGAAAAAAUCCAUUCAUUUAUGUGUGUCUAUUAAUCCUUAAGAAAAGUACAGCACAGUUAGUUAUCCCAUCAUAUCUUGAACAUUUAAAUAUAUGAUUAAAAAUUCUGAUUAUAGGGUUGAAAUAAAUGAUAACUGUUAUUAUUGGUUAAUGGGUUUCUUUUCUUCUUAAUCCAUCUUAUAAGAAUAAAUACAAAGUUGUCAAAAAUAAUUAAGAUGUUUGUCAGAAUAUUAAAUUAAUAGUUAUUUUUGAUGUCCACAGUGUAGAGGCUUAUAUGAAGAAACAUUUGGUGUUUUUGUUUGAAACUACAGACUAAUUUGUAAUGUUGUGAUUAAAAUACCAGUUCUAAAAACCUAAAUGAUGAAACGUUCAUGUCCUGCAGACCAAACUAGUAUUUUCAGGUGUAUAUUUCCUGUCAAAUGAUCUUAUGACACUACCCUUGAAAUAAAGAGUCAAUAGGAGUAAAUUGUAAUGAGAAAACAGUCUAUUCAUGUACAGAGCCAAAUUUCUUUUACAAGUAUCUCAACCUUAAACUUACAAUUUUAAACUUAAAACUGAAGUGUCAACCUAAUUCUUAGGUCAAGCAAAAUACUGAGAGAUUUUCCUUGCUGUAUUGGCACCAACUUUACCCAUUACAUGUUCAUACUUUUUGCUUGUUAUUUUGUAUUAAUAAAUCUGGAUUUGGCAAGUCAGUGUGGAUUUAAUCUGGUGUUGUGAGUUGAAAUAUUUUGACUGGUAUUUCUACAAAUAAGCUGGAUAACACUUGCUAUUUUUGCAGUGAGUUGGUAGUUGUUUAUUUAACAUAAUGUGCCUUCUCUAACACCGAGAAACCUUUCAAACAUAGUUUUUUUUACCACCAAUAAAUCACAGAACAAAAGAAGAGAUGUGAAACCCUGGUAAACGUUUUGACAGAGUUCAGCUGCGGUCAGUGUGUCUGCAGUCCUCAAUAAAACUGAUGCUCUGACCGUUUAUAUCAAGGUCAAGGCCCAGAGUCUGUCUGUCUUGAAACAACAAUAAACAAGCCCUUUGAACCUGUCUCAAUUUGAUUUGAGGACAAACAGAGGACACUGACCUCGAUCUGCCUCCUGUCUACACAUGUGUCUCUCUCUCUCUCUCUGUGCAGGUGUGGUGAGGACUCUCCUCAAGCCCGUCAGCUCUUGUCUCUGUCACUGGACCGGACCAGCCACACCCUGCUGCUGGCUUUCCCCUCGUGUCUGGUUCGUGUGCCCACAUCUCGCUGCCACCUGCACUCACGCUGCAUGAAGUAAGAAAAAUUCUUUCUCUUUUUGGUCUCAGAGAGUGUUUUGUCCCGUCCCUCGAUGUUUCUCUGGCUGAUAACCGGGUCACUUGAAAUGUAGUAGUGGCCGUAAGCCAAGGCGCUGCUUACCGGCCAACUUUUGUUACUUACUCGUGCUCUCACUCCAGAUUUAUGCGCUUAUCCCGCUGAAACAUGUUGAGAUUCUGCUGUUGUUUCAUUCACCAAGGGAUAGUGUCUGUCAAAUUAGAGCCAGCUUGACUGGGCUAAUUUUAAUUAUGGGACCAUUUUUCCCUUGAAUAUAUCAUUUAGCUUGACAAAAGAGGCCUCAGGAUCCUUUUAAUCUGAGUUUGUAUUAAAAUACAUGAUUUAUUAUGAAUACAAAGAAGGCAUUUGUUCAAAACUGCACAUGUGAGAACAAUGUUUCCAAUAAUGUGACCCUGAGACCCACAGCAGCCAUAAAUCACUGUCAGAUACAGGAAACUCAAAACAAACAGCUGCUGGGUUCAGUAUGUGUGGCUGCUGUAUGUGAAGUGUGUUUCUGCUUUUCAAAGCAUAUCACAAUUUAAUCUCAUCAGUCCAGAGGGACACAGUAGUUAUCAUUUUUAAGUUAUAACGGCCCCUGAUACCGAACUCAAACCAUGUUAUCCUCCCUGUAGACAUUAGCUAGCUUAAACAGCCGGUCAGCAAGCUAAUGCAACUUUUGAAUUCACAGUUAUGAAUGUUCCCAGAUCUCUGAGUUUUCUGAGCGAAAUAGUCUAACAGCCACUGUCAGAAUCAGGUAAUUUACCGACUUUUUCUUAUUUCUUGUCCUGUGUGUGUGCAGGAGUUGUUUAGCCUCCAGGGACCCGUACUGUGGCUGGACCAGAGGGAGCACCUGCUCCUUCCUGAGACCAGGCACACGGUGAGACAACACACUCACACAAACACCAACCCUGUAAUCAUGUCCUAGCUCUUCAGGCCUGAUGUCUGCAAACCCCGUAUUAGUCCGUGUGAAGAGAGUUUUAUUGAGUGAGACUUUGCUGUAUGUUUAUUGAGAAAUGUCUGGUCUCUGAAUCAAAGGGCUGGCAGUUGGAUUUAAGUUCCCGCAGUCACAUGCCAAAGUGUCCUUGAGCAAAGCACUACAAUCCAGAUUGCCCCUCAUGGCAUAAUCAGCAGCCUGUGAAUGCUUGUGAAUGCUGACAGCAUCCUCUGUCAGUGUUUGGAUGUGGUGUGAAUGGGUGAGAGUGUCAUGUUAUGUCUUAAGUGCUUUUGAGUGAUAUGACCAAAAAAGUAACACACAGUCCACUGACAAUUUCAUGUUUUUGCACUUCACCCCAUCAAAUAGAACAUUUAUUUUAGAAUUGGAUGAUUGGUGGUUUGGGAUGUGGAUUGAUGCCUCCCUAUUUUGAAGCAAAUACUCGGACUGUUUUUUCUUUCACACUUCCCUCUGGACAACAUUUCAAAUGUAAAAGAGGAACAGGUAUUUACAGAGAAAACCUGCUAAAUCUAGUUGCUUAGCAACUUAAAUCAAACUGCAGACAAAUAAACUACAAAGAAAAAUAGUUGCUAAUAAAUGAGGUUUAUGUUUUUCUAUUGAAAAUACAUCAUUAUUACUAAUUCAACAAGACUGAUUAAAGCUUCUGUGACAGGUUUUUCACUGGCAAAGGUACAGACUGACACUGAUGCCUCUUUACAGCCUGCCAAAUGUAAUGGAUUUAACAAAAGGAAAGGACCCAAAGUGCAGAAUUUACUAAGGAAUUUUUUUCAAGUCAAAAUAUUAACAAAACUCACUUAAAGCUCCUGUGAGGAGUUUUCUAUUUUUACUAAAUUGGCUAACAUUCAGAAUGAAGCCUUUUAUGAUAUAUAAAGGCAAACAAAACCAUCAGCAUAAGGUUAACUUACAGUAUCUGUUCAGUGCCAGGUGGAAGGUGAUGGCUGAGCAGCUGUAUAAAUAGUCCUGUUAUCACAGCUUCCACAGAAAUAUUCACAAGAAAUGACACAUUUGACUGUCAAGAGUCAACAGGGUGACAUUUUUUUGUGAGAAAACACUGUUUAAACAUGUAGCUGAAAAAAUAAGCCAAGACUGCUUUGUCAAAGGGGGCUGAAAUAGUCACAAACUGAAAGUUCCUCACAGGAGCUUUAAAGUUCAAAUUCAAAAAGGACUACACAAGAAAAACACAAGGGAACCCAGGAGGUGACACAAGAAAAGCUGCAGCAGGAAACGAGGACAUGAGGAAAGACACACGACAAAGAACAGGGAUGAAACACGGAGACUAAACUGUAACUGGGGCAAAGACACAGGUGUGAAACAAGAUACAGGUGAAACUGAUGAGUGUUAUCAAACCAGAGGGGACGUGAAACUAAAAUCAGGAAACACCUAAGAGGAAAACACAACACCAGGAAAACUCAUAAAUAUGAUCUACAAAAUAAAACAGGAAAAGACAAAGAAACACAAAAAUUUUACUUAUUAAGUUACUUAUGACAACACAAGUCCAACAGUGACGAGACUGAAUUCAAAAUACAGAAGUUACUUUUAAUUUCUGUUGAGGGGCAGGUAUGAGACAAAUUAAUGAAGUACAGUAAAUGCUGCUGAACGGCCGGUUUUAUAUUCUCCUAAACAAAGACUUCAGAUGAGUAUUGAAAUAAAGUAGUGAUAGAUCUUUGUAAAAAAAAAAAAAAAAAAACACUGCUUAUCCACCAACACGACUAAAUCAGCUGUGAAGAAAGGGACCUCUUUAUCCACAAGGGGCGCCAAAAUAAACACAAUCAAAAUAUGAGUAGCUGAUGUUUGUCGGCUUGAAUAUUCUUCCUGCAUUUAGGCAGCAUGCUGAAUCCAUUAUUCAUUUUAGUGUCCAAAUUUCUUAAAGAUUUAAAUUUGGUGGAGUGUAAAAGCUUUCUGUCAUUGUAUUAAUGUGCCUGAGCCUCUCAUGGUUACAUAAUGCAGCUCUGGAACAUUUCAUGUUUGUUCCAAUGAGCAAAAUAUGAAUGUGUUUUAUUAUGAGAUUUGCAUAUAUCCAAAAACGGAUGUAAUCCUUUUACAUGCAGUGGGUGAAAAUAUCACAAUGUAUUUAAAAACAUCCAAAUUAAUAUUACUUGUUUUAUAUUUCCCAUACAAGACAGUAUAGCAUUAUGUUAAUAUUAUGCAAGGCAGUAAAAAUGUGUGGGUGUGAAGUAUUCAAUGACUAAGACCGCUGAAAACAGACUUGAAUCAAUGACUAUAAAUACUACAAAUAAACAAAGGACAAACUUAAAUUCAUCCCCUAUGUUAAUUAAAUUAUCCCCAUGGAAGUUCACAGUAUGAAGCAGCAAUAUCUCUUUUGUUACUUGCAGUAAUAUUUACAGGAGCCAAACACUGUAUCUCCUAAUGCAAUCCCCUCUUCAUGCUCCUCACACCACCUGUCGACUGACCCUGGCCUCUGACCUCUCUGACAUGCAGCAAGAAAAAGAGAAAAUCAAUAACGGGGUCAAUGGUGUAUCCUGUUACGCUGAAAUGACACAUCAAUAAAUGUCACAUAUAUCCGAGGGAUUAUUAUUAAUAAAUGUCAACUUACAGGCGAAUAGAAAUCGCUGACUGUUAUUUAAAAACUUGUUGAUUUAAUGUUGAUUUUAGAGUUGUUUUUAAUCAGGUUCAACGUUCGACUCCAAACACUAACAAGGAAUAUCACAAAACUGUAAAUAUUCAGCACCUUAAUGUUGUGUUUGACACUGUGGUCUUUAUAUGAAGAGGAAUCUCCGAUGUGUUGCUGAUCUAUGAUCUCUCUUUGACUGCAGGCUGCCUUUCCAGCAAGAUGUGGAAUAUGGAAACACCUCCUCCCAUCUAGGAGACUGUGAUGGUAGGUUGCAGCAGUAUGACAUGGAUGCUUCUGUCUGUGUGUGGUGGACUGAGAGCAGGCUCCCCCUAGUGGCUAAAUCCCUCUUUACAUGUGUUAACUUGUCACUGAACAUUUUGUUCUGAAAAAAGCAAACUCAGAUUUCUUUAAGUUAGACAAUACUGGUGGCUUAAUUUUUUUUAAAUUAAAGCAUAUUGUAAUAACCAAAGUAAAAUGUGAUUUUCUCCCCAACACUCAGUGAGAUCCUUUCAACUUUGAUUUGCAGAAACUGAGUUUUUUGGUGCCUUUGUCAGUGCUGACUCAGGUGGGAGGGGAAUAUGGUUUCACUUUCCGCAGGUCAGAAACGCUCGCAGUGUGAGACAGUUUAAUUAGAGAGGAUGUGAGAGGUAGAUAAUACAGUUUUACUGCACAGUAGGAUAUAAUACAUCCUUCUGGUUAUGAAGCUUUGCUCUCACAAAACUGCAGAGAGAGGAAUGGCCAAGAACACCUGCAGAGCGAGCUGGAAAUACCAUAAAAUACUUGAGUCACUAUACUUAUUAUUUUUAUUUUAGAGGUCUGGACGUCAUUGCAGUAGUGUCAGAGUUAGGGGGGGGCUCUUUAACCUUGAUCUGAAAUUCACAAAGUCAGUGUAAACCUAAAAAAAAAGUCCUCCAGAACUGUUUUGGGUUAGUUUCAAAACUAUAAAAUCUCUCUGGUGAAGCCAGCAUGCUUAGAAAAGUCCAAGUCCUUUCCACCCUGAUUCGUUUUGAAAUGCCAUAGGAGCUUCUAGUUAACAUCCUACUCAAAGAAUCUGAUAGUGGUUGAAGUCAGGAGUGCCAGGCUGCAGACCUGACAGACUUGGAGUGCUGAAAGGCACAGCAGAAGCCCAGCCAGUGGCCGGCAUGUGCUGCUGUGUCUGCAGAUGGGAGUGAUUAGAGCUGGGUGGAAACACUGAGGUAAUGGUAUGUGCUGAAAGGAGAGAGAGAGAGAGAGGGGAGACUCUCUUACCAGGGUGGAAAGUGUGGGGAGUAAAAGAGAGUCAGCUGCUGUGGUCUGAGCCGUGCUGAUGACAAGUGCAGGCCUCUCGAAACCUGGAGCCUGUGGAGCCUCAAGGCCAGACUGGAGAGGAGCUGAGCACAAUGAUCACUUAUUAUGAGUGUUGUUGUAGUUAUUGAUCUAUUAUGAAGCAUUAAGUUCAGGGUAGAAGCUGCGUUAUGUGUAAUAAUGAUGAUAAUAGGUUUAAAGUGUGCCCUGUGGACACACAUCCAAAGAAGUCCAUUGUCAUCUUUAUAAUUGUGUCUUUAAUCUUCAGGCAUCCUGCAGCAGAGUUUGCUCAUAGAACCAGAGAGCUUGGUGUCCCUCAACCUGCUCGUGGCAUCUGCAGUCUCCGCGUUCACCAUCGGGGCAGCACUCUCCGGUCUCGCCGUUUGCUGGAUCAUGGCCCACAAGCCGAGAAACCGCCGUCACACUAGCUCUCAGUCCGCCAUCCAGCGACGUGAACGAGGUCUGCUCAGUAACGGCGGCGGGAUGGGCGGUUCUGUUCUUAGUGUGACAAGACAAGGCGGUGGGGAACGCCCCUGCACCCAGAGCGGGGAAACCCUGUUUGUCAUGCCCAACGGCUGGGUGAAGUCAGGGGAGCUGGACCCGGGUUUCCUCCCAACUCCAGAGCACACGCCCCAGCAGAAGCGCAGAGGCCUACGUCUGUCAGACUCCAACUCUGGAGGGUGGGACACCAGCCAGACAUACCUGGGGGGAGGCUCCGUGGGUCUGGGUUCUCCCUGUCGCAUGCCUCCCUCUGUCUACCUGACCACCAGACUCUUCCAGCAGGGUGGGGGCGGGAGACAUGGCUGCGAUGGGCGAGGGGGUGACACACCACGCCAGCACUACGUCUGCCUGAGCAAGCAAGAAAAAGGAGUAAAGGGGACCCCCAAAGCCCCUCUUAGGAAGUCUGCAGGAGAGUACGUGUACCCCAUGACCCCCCAGGACUCGCCUGAGCGCCGGAGGGUGGUCUCAGCACCCAGCGCCCCAAUGGAAUACAGCGAACCGCUGCCUUUGCGCUGGCCUGCCCCUGAGGGGUACAUCCUCAGCAGCCAUGGCAUGGUCCCCGUCCCUCUGCCUCCACCCUCCAUGCCUCCUCCCAGUAGUCAGGCCUACAUGUCCCAGCAGCACACCCCGGGGCUGAGCCGGGCUCUGCUCAGGGGGGCCCUGGAGCGAGGGGAGCUGGGCGAGCUGGUGGAUCUGAGCCAGCUGAUGAGCAAGAAGAACUGCAAUGACAGGACUCAGACUGGCCAGUGACUGUAGAGGAAAAGAAGAAAAUGUCCAGAAAUCUGUUUUUGUUUACAUAGAUCUCUCUUUUCCUCCUUAUUCUGUCCAUCCUCCUCCUCUUCCUCCCCCAGUUCUGUUUUCCUGACAUCUUUGUCAUUCAGCCCCUCUGCUCUCCUCUGUCAGUCUCUCAGGCAGCCCCCCCCUCCUUUCCCUUUCAUGAUGACUCUCUCCAUAUGACUGGCUGCUGGGUCUGCCACUCAUAUCCUGGCUCACACUAAUUGGUCCAGUGGACUGAGGUUGUUGCUGUGUCUGCAUUGCAGAGUUGCCUUUCUCUCUCCUGCAACUGAGCAGCGUCAGGAAGAGGGAGAGCAGAGAGGAUGAGGAGAAAGAAAGACAGAAAGAAGAAAGAAAGCUAAAGGAAGGAAAAAAGAAAAGGAGGCGAGCAGAGCGAGGAGCUCUUAGAGAUGUGGACAGAAACAAAGAUGGACAGAGCACUUAAAAGCUGCCUCCUCUGUGCAGAUAAACUGUGGCUGCAGGAGUGGGAUGCUUUCCCCUACUUGGAUCACAUUAACAAGACUGCCACCCAUCUGCCUCCCUUCAAUACCUGUUGGUUUGUUUGCCAACAAGGUACUUUAGGUGAAAUUGCAAAAUCUAAACAUCCUUAAAGUACCUGAAGCUGGAGGUGACUCAUUAGACAAAUAAUCCGACUGUAGAAAAACUUCAACGGAUGAUGAGAAAACACAGAAUCCUCUCUCUGUACCUCCGUCUCUCUCUUCCUCUUCGCAGCACACACAGUAGAUGCUCAUGUGUUUUUUUGUACAGGUUACAGGGGGUGUUUAGUAUUCUGUGAACAGGAGAAGGAAGACGCGUGUGCUAAAAUGCCUCUAACCUUGUCUCACAAGGAUAUGGGACCAUAACUCACGUCUUUCUGGAGCAGAGUGCAGGACUGAAAUGUCAGCACUAUUUCUGCCAACCGCAUGCUCUCUGUUCGUUUGCCUUCUUACACGCCAUGUACUCUUUAAUGACCAAUAAUUCCAUGUGGAUGUCUGGGGAGAUUGCACCAGAACACUGGACUUGCUACAAAACAGAAGUGGGACUGAAAGUAGGAAAAAGAGAGAGCGAGAGAGAGGUGUUUUAAAGGAGUUAAAGUAAACGCACUGCAAUAUAUGAACACUCUGUCCUUCACUGUCACCUGAGGGUUUUUCUGCACGUACACACACAUCCAUUAAUUCUCCAUUAUGGAACACAGUCCAGUUUUAUUGGGCAAAAUUUCCCCCUGAGCCCACAGUGGGUCAAGGUCUUGCAGACAUGACACAGAGCAAAAUGACAGUUACAGUGGUGAUGAUUGAAACAGCGGGCUUAACUCAGAGCCAAUGGGGGUAAUGGAAAUGUUCCCAGCAAGCAAAUGGGACCGUAUAUUUAGCUCAUCAAAGUGUCACAGCACCAGGCACGUAUAGAUCAACACAACAUGGUAUGAGUGUGUUAGCAAGGAGAUAAAGGUCAUAAAAAGAGACAAGAGAAAGAAGUAAAAAGCAAGUGUGAGUCUAUGAAAUAAGGUGCCCCAACAACAACAAGUGAGAAUUUGAUAUAUUUGUCCCAGUUUAUCUACUCUGUUAGAAGUCGACUAAUGAAUGAAGUUCAUGCUGACCUUGCAGCAAUACCUGGUUUAUCUGUACAUAGUGAUCUUAAAUUGCGAUAAAAUGAAAAUGUAGGAUACAAAGUGACAAAAAAAUGACAUCAGGCGCAAGCUGACAAACAGGAAUAAACAUCUAUCAUACCAUAUUAACUGAGAAAUGAGUGAAAAUCUGUUCCUGUAUGAGUUUCCUAUCAGCCUGCACUGAGAUAAAUAUUGGCAAAAGAAAUAGACUGAAACAAUGUCCUCUUUUUAUAACACGAGGGCCAAGUUUUGAAUGAUCAACUCAUGCCUGGUUACUAAAGCAAAAACACUAAGAAGAACUUGUUUUUAAGUGCCAUCGAGAUUGUUUCCGCCAGAAGUGUUGGAGAUCUGAUUAUUGCAAUGUUUUUAUUGUGAUAUUUUUGCCUUCGACCAUACAGUUCGAAUGUGUUUUUAGUUUGUUAAAAGUGAGUCUGCUUUCUUGAAACCAUUUUCCAGCUUCUCCUCUCUGAUGAAUGUUUCAGUGUUUGAAGGUCUGUUUAUGAACUACUUUCAAACACCAUGAUGCCACGCAUAUAUUCUGUAAAUAUGUAAAUACGAAUACCUACACCCUGUCAUGCCCUUUAUGAUUAUACUGUAAUGUUUUCACUGAUGCCAUGACAUGAACUGUGUUGAAUCCAGGACAGCUGGUAUGUUAAGUACAACGAUAUAAAAGUAGUUCACGGGCAAACCUUCAAAUGGUCAGAAAUGCUGCAAGGUUACACUGUGUUACUCAUUCUCUGUUUCUCAACUCUCUUUUUGUUUUUCUUUAUUUAUAUGUAGAGCUGCAACAAUGGAUGUAUUAAAUUAUUUUUAAAAAAUAAUUUAAGUGAAUGUAUCAAUUAGCAGGGGCAUGUCUCUGCUAAAUGACUGUCUUCUCAACUGGGUGACCAAACGAGUCAGGAGUGGCAUGAAGUACAAACAAAUUAGCAUUUUUUAACUUUCUGUCUUCACAAAUCAAACCUACUGAACCUACAAUUGUGAUUUAAUACAUGAAAGGUUAAAAAAAGGUUUUUUUCUAAAGUCACAACUUAAAUUUAUGUCGAAAAAUAAUAUUUGGAAAGGUUAAAGAAAGCCAAUCUUAGCCUUAAUGAAACAUUGAUUUUAGCACAAGUUGUGGCUCCAUCAAAGAAAAUUAUUUUAGCAAAUUAUUUAAAUUUUAGGGGCUUAGCAACCAGGGGCCAAUGCCACCCCAAGCCAACUCUCUGAACACACCCCUGUUCUUUAAGUGUUUUUUUUUUUGUUUUUUGUUUUUUUAGUGAAAUUGAUUUCACUUUCUUAAAUGUGUGGAUUUGCUCCUUUUGGUCAUUUUAGUCCUGAAAAUGUGGGCGUCAGGUUGUUGGGCAGAAGAAAGAAGCAAAUUGAAAUCACUUUGGAUACUCAUAGAUUUCAGUGAACACUUUUCCCAACUUUCUGAUAGACUUCAAGAUAGAAAUCAUAAAAAACAACUCAGCUGAUUACAGACAUACUCAUUUGUUGCAGCCCUGCUUUGUGGUUCAGUAGCCAUUCGUAUUUCACUGUCAACCAACUGCCACACUGGAGGGUCUUGAAAGUACUUGUCAGCAUACCGGGAGAAUGAAUGUAUCCAUCCCUUUUGUGUUUGUAGUCAUUUUACUGUGCAGUAAUAUGGAUAAGCACAAAAACUUUCCUUUCUCUUUUUUGCAUUUUUAAGAGGAUGUGUUGGUCUGUAACAUUUGUGAAUAGUGUAAAUAAUCACACUGAAGGUAAAGUGUAUAAGUCUGUUUUUUAGGAGGGUCUUCUGAGACGGGACUGUGUUUGAAGUGUGAGGGUUUUAUUUUUUUCUUUUUCUUUCUCUCGGUGACGAUGCUGUGAAUAAGAUGUAUGUACAGUAUUUACGUGAUUUUGGCUGACUGCUGAGUUCAGCUGUUUCCCUGUUAUUAGAGUAGAGACACGGGCAGAACUGAGCCUUCUCAUUUGACUGAUGCCUGCCGAGUUUUUGCAGUUGCUAAGAUACUGCUGUUAUAAUAACCAUCAAUCUUUGGAGUACUGCUAUUAAACGGCAUUAUAUAACUGACUGCUAAUGUUGUUGCAUUUGCCUCUGAAUGCACUCAUUGAAAUAAAUUCAUAUCAUUACAUCUGCUGAAGCACACGCACAAAUACACACAUUUGCACCUCUGUUUCAAAAUGACUAAUGUCUAUAUCAUUACUGCAGUUUAUUUUCUGUAAAGGAGACACAUUUGUCAUCCUUUUGGCACUUCAAAACUACUCAUGAGACAGCUCCGGAGAAGAGAGGCAUUGGAGAAAUCUAGGAAGUAGUUACGUUUUUGACCACAAGAGGGUGCUGAACACUGAUCUUCUUUCAGUGAGACUGAGGCCCUGAUAUUAUGUGUCUGCAGAGCCAAAUGCUGCAGUUUCAGGACUGCAAUUCUGUGACUGCAUCUUUCAGACCCUUUUAUUGUUGUGACAGUCGUGCCUCUUACCUGCAGUCUUUUCUAUGGUCAUCAGAUUUGAGGUUAUAUUGUAGUUCAUGACAAAGUGACACCCUUGUCCCUUGUUUCCUGAAGUUAGUAUAUGGUUUUAAUCGGCCAUUUCAAGUGCUUUUGUUUGUUUUGUUGGCUGUGAUUCAAAUAAGAGUAAAAUAACAGAUAAAACAGUUAACGAUGAUGGUUAAUCCAAACACAGGGUCUCAUGUCUCCAAGCGAUGAAACUAAAGGCUCCCUCCUCAGAGACUCAUUACUCAUAAUGCAGCUGUUUGACUCCCAAAACUUUUCAGGAACUCUCUCCACGAUGUAAUUUAUUUUACACUGUUCAGUAGACAAUAUGAAAAGAGGUUAAAGACCACUGCUUUUGAAACUACACUUCUGAAGCCAUUUCUGGAUGUCAUUUUGUUACUUUUGACCCAUUUUGCUCAAAUUGACGAGGGAUAACACAUGACUACAUCUCUAACCCAGGUGAGAAGUGUCUGUUGGGCUGAUUUGUCUAUCAUACGUAUUAUUAUUGUUGAAUCUACACUAACUAGGACAAUAACUAGAGAAAGUAACACCCUGCUGUACAACAGACUCAAACUGACACCAAAAAGUGAAUAACGUUUACUGAGUUUAUUUUCACUUAGAGCUACAAUAAUGUUUGAUUCUGUUUCUAUCAAAUCAGGAAAUCUUUGUACUUUUGUAAUUUCCUCCAGCUGACUAUCAGAGAUUCAGCAUGUUGAAAGUAUUCAGGUACCUUUACAGUCCACUUUAUUAACAUAAAAGCCUUUUAUGUUGCCAAGAACAUACACACAGAAUUGUUUCCCUAAAUGACAGAUCAUUUUCUUAUUUUCUUAAUUUACGUAUAAAACCUUUUCAGUAAGAAAUAGUAGCUCACAGAAUCAAAGCAGCAGUUUGUAGAAGCGAUCCAUUCAGACAGGGAUAAAUACAAUUCUUCUGAUAGCCAGGUUCCAGAUUUUUCACUAAAUAGAUGAAAAGCAAACCUGGUGUGGAUGGGUGUGAAACAGAUUAUGAACACAACCAUGUUUGCUGUUACAAUGCUGAUUGUGUUUUUCCUUUCCUCUGACUUGGCGGUGUCCUUUAACAGAAUAAAGAUGAUCUGACUGGUACAGAAAACAAUUAUCAAGAGCGGAGCAAGGAAGCCUCCACAGACCAGCAUGACGGCAAACUUGAACGUGAGGCGCUGGUCUUUGCAUCGUUCAAAACAACAUUGGAGUUUGUCAGGGCUGUUCUCUUGGAAUAUAAGACACAAUGACACUACAGUCACCCAGAUGGCCAAACAAACAACAAAGGCAGCCACUUUCUUCCUCCUCCAUGAUUUGGCCCGCAUGGGGAACCUUACAGCCAGGUACCGAUGCACACUGAUGGCUGUAAAAGUGUAAAUACUCGCGUACAUAUUGCUGUAAUGUAUGUUGAUAAGGUAGGUACAUAAGACGCUCUUUGUCAGGGGGGAGAAGGCAUCAUAGAUCCUGAAGGGAAGGAAGACUAAGAGGGCAGAGUCAGUUGCAAUGAGGUUCAAUAUGUAGAUGUGGGUGUCCGUCCAGGAGGCCCGCUUUGCAAUUGAGGCCCACAGAGCUGCAGCAUUGACAAGAAGACCAAACAAAAACACGGGACAGUAAGCAACGCCAAGUAAAAUUUCCCUUCGGCAGAUGUCGUUGGUGGCGUUGGAGAUGUCUGUGACGUUGGGGGAUGUUUGUGGACUUGCUGCAGUCAUCUGUAAGAAGUGAAAGCAUGAAAAAUAAACAGUGCUGGUAUGUUUCUUCAAUAAAGAGAGUAAAUGAGAUGUAAAUCACAGCUAAGCAGAGGAGUCAAACGAAAUAUUAAAGAACUGUCUUCAUCUCCAUUUUAAAACAGAAAUCCAUAAAUUCAUAUCUCUACUGGAUGCCUUUCUUCUUUGUUUUUAACACACUUCUCUGUUUUGAGUGUGUUACUAGGCCUCCACCACUGAUAAGAAGAAUUAGUUAUCUUGAAAAAAAGACAGUCUCAGCAUCUAACAUGAGUCAAAGCUCCUGAGGGGAAUUUAAGGUUUGAGCCCCUUGCGGUCAAAGUUGCACAUCUUUUCUCCUUUUACAAUUUUCCAGAAUGUGUGUAAGUGGUGUUGCGCU